AUGGACAAGUCAUGGAUGACCCAAAAUAGGAUGUCAAGAGAAUAUGAUUUAGGAGUCGAAAGGUUCAUUAAAUUUGGGUUGAGUCAUGCCAAAGGUCUUAAUUCAAUUAGAUGUCCAUGUUUGAAUUGCGACAAUCGUUUACUUAAGGAUGUCUCAACAGUUCGGUAUCAUCUGUAUGCCAAUGGAAUUGAUAAGAGUUACAAGGUAUGGUUCUGGCAUGGUGAAGAAUUGAACUCAGAUAACGUUGCCAACACGAUGGAAACUACAGUGGAUGAAACUGAUGAAAACGACGAUUUAUUUAAUACAAUUAAUAUGGUACAAUCUGUUCAAGAACAAUCUUUUAAUGCAUCAAAUACCUUCGACACUAUGUUUGAUGACGCGAAGAAACCCUUAUACCCAGGAUGUAAGAAAUUCACAAAGUUAUCAGCCCUCGUGAGAUUGUAUAACCUGAAGGUUAGGUAUGGUUGGACGAAUACUAGCUUCUCUGAAUUGCUGUCCAUAAUAAGUGAUCUAUUACCUGAUAACAAUGAAAUUCCAUGUUCUUUGUACGAAGCGAAGAAAACACUUGGUGCCCUAGGACUGAGUUACCAAAAGAUUGAUGCAUGCCCUAAUGAUUGUUGCUUGUACAGAAAAGAAUAUGAAAAGUUGACCAAGUGCCCUAAGUGUGGUUUGUCAAGGUGGAAGAUCGCUAAGAACUCAAAGAAGGAAAAAAGCGGUGUGGCUGCUAAGCAGAUGUGGUACUUUCCAAUAAUUCCAAGAUUUAUAAGAAUGUUCAAGAGAUCUGAAAAUGCUAAGAACUUGCGUUGGCAUGCGAUAGAUAGACAAGUUGAUGGUGUUUUGAGACACCCGACUGACACUCCAUCAUGGAGGUUGAUAGACCACAUGUGGCCAACCUUUGGGUCAGAACCGAGAAAUCUCCGUUUGGGUUUGUCUACUGAUGGAAUUAACCCAUUUGGAGAUAUGUCAACGACGUACAGUUGUUGGCCCAUCAUCACUACAAUAUACAACCUUCCACCAUGGCUGUGUAUGAGAAGAAAACAUUUGAUGCUGACAAUGUUAAUAUCAGGUCCAAAGCAACCGGGGUACAAUAUCAAUACGUACUUAGCACCUUUAAUUGAUGAUCUACAAACGUUGUGGACGGAUGGAGUUCGUUGUUUCGAUGCAUAUAAGAAAGAAUAUUUCACACUGCGGGCUGUCUUAUUAUGGACCAUCAACGAUUUUCCAGCAUACCCACAUCUAACGACUGGGUGGUCUUAUUUUAAUCAAUAA